AAGAUAAGGCUCUCAUCUUCUCCCAUUUUAUUCCAUCUUCUCUCUCUAGACUCUCAUCCAAUAUCACUCCUCUCUCUUUCUCUCUCUCUCUCUACUAAAUAUAUACUUACAAACACUCUAGUCCUUAUAUAUCUAUCUUAUACUUGUUCACAACUGAUUGGAAGAUAUGUCGAUUGUGUUGGAAAGGAAUAAUAGCAGUGAUCCUCGGAUCGAACGGUCAGGAUUUGGCCACGGGAUGACGUCUAUUCCGAUCUACAAGUCGCCAGAGUUCGGCAUCGGCGAUCUUCGUGACGAGGAGGAAGAUCGGAGCUCUAUUUCCUCUGCUACUUCGUCUUGUUCUUCAAUCGGGAGAAACAGUGACGAUUCGCCGGCGGGAAGAUCCUCAUCGGACGGCGGCGACGGUGACGGGGAUGGCGAGGAAGUGCAGAGUCCAUUCAAAACUGGAGGAGGUUUGGAUAAUUUGGAGGCUUUGGAGGAGGUUUUGCCUAUGAAGAGGAGCAUUUCAAAGUUUUAUGCUGGUAAAUCGAAAUCUUUUACCAGUCUAGCUGAUGCGGCAUCAAUUUCAUCUGUUAAAGAAAUUGUCAAGCCGGAGGAUGCAUACACCAGGAAACGCAAGAACCUGCUUGCUCACAACAAUUUCUUUGGCAAAAAUCCUAGUCGCAUCCCAAGUAUUGGUAAUGGUGGGAUGUACAAAAGACCAAUCAACUCUAGAAGCUCAUCAGCCCUUGCUGCCGCUAUGAGCUGCUCUGACAGCUAUAAUAGUUCCGAGUCUUUGAACUCAAGCCCAUCAUCACCUUGUCUCGCUCUUCCUCCUCUGCCUCCGCAAUCACGAAGAUAUAGCAAUGAGUCCUCAUCAUUUCCUCCGGAACAGAAAUUCAGUUCAUGGAGGUCUUUCUCGUUAUCUGAUCUGCAAGGUGCUGCUGCUGCGACUCCCACCCUAACGGGAAUAAAGGAAUAAAAAGAUGCAUGACAAUAGCUUAAUUCUGUGUCACCCUAUGAACCCAAAUUCAGAUAGGUUUUCAUGGAGGUUUGGCUUACCUAUUAAGCAGUCAUAGCUUUGGUUUUGAGUCUGGCUCUCUGUCAUUGUAAUUAAUCAUCCAGUCAUAAUCUGUCUUUUGUUCUAACAAUGUGACUUAUUGUAUACAUUUUUAACCUUUGCGUUCUUCCCUGUUUCUGUUA